CAUGGCGGCGUCCUAGGGUCCUAUCCGCACGUGAGCCAAGUCUGGGCAUCUGGGGAUCCAAGAGGACGGCGUGUGAGCUGCUUGCCUGUUCCUGCUGUCGUUUACAACUCUUCCGCAUUCCGAGGCUUCGCGGGCUGUUGCCGUUCCGCAGCCAUGAAGCCAAAGCCUGUGUCCCACAAGACCGAGAACACUUACCGGUUUCUAACCUUCGCGGAACGGCUGGGGAAUGUGAAUAUCGAUAUAAUCCACCGCAUCGAUAGAACUGCAAGCUAUGAGGAGGAGGUUGAAACCUACUUUUUUGAGGGUCUGCUGAAAUGGAGAGAACUAAACCUUACCGAACACUUUGGGAAAUUUUACAAGGAGGUCAUUGACAAAUGCCAGUCGUUCAAUCAGCUGGUGUAUCAUCAGCAUGAGAUCGUCCAAAGUCUAAAAUCUCACCUACAAAUCAAGAACAGUUUUGCCUACCAACCCCUAUUGGAUCUGGUUGUACAGUUGGCACGAGACCUGCAGACGGAUUUCUACCCACACUUUGGAGAUUUUUUCCUCACCAUCACCUCAAUCCUGGAGACUCAGGACACAGACCUGCUAGAAUGGGCUUUCACCUCGCUGUCUUAUCUUUACAAGUACCUGUGGCGCCUGAUGGUGAAGGACAUGUCCCGGAUAUACAGCAUGUACAGUACACUGCUGGCUCAUAAAAAAUUGCAUAUAAGAAACUUUGCGGCUGAAAGUUUUACUUUCUUGAUGAGAAAGGUUGCUGAUAAAAAUGCACUUUUCAACUUAAUGUUUGUUGAUCUUGAUGAACAUCCAGAAAAGACAGAAGGAGUUGGGCAGUUGCUGUUUGAGAUGUGCAAAGGAAUUAGAAAUAUGUUUCAUUCCUGUACAGGCCAGUCAAUGAAGCUGAUUUUGCAGAAGUUGGGACCAGUUACAGAAACAGAAGCUCAACUACCAUGGGUUUUAAUUGGAGAAACGCUCAAAAGCAUGGUCAGAUCUACCGUGUCCUACGUCUACAAGGAACAUUUUGGUACAUUUUUUGACUGCUUACAGGAAUCACUCCUGGAUCUACAUACCAAAGUAACAAAAGUUAACUGCUGUGAAAGUUCUGAACAGAUUACAAGGCUGUUAGAAAUAUAUCUGAUACUUAUAAAACAUGGAAAUGGAGCAAAGAUAACCAUGCCUGAUGUUGUUUGUAAGGUGUUAAGUCAAACAUUACAUAUAGCCAAUCUCUCCACAUCUUGCCGGAAGACCCUCUUGAAUGUAAUUUCUGCUUUGAUCCUUGGUGAAAAUGUUUCCUUGGCGGAGACCCUCAUCAGUGAAACCAUAGAAAAAGUUUUUGAGAGUGGAUUUGAAAGAUGUUUAAUAUUGGAUUUUUCAGAAGUCUUAUUUGCCAUGAAGCAAUUUGAGCAGCUCUUCCUACCAAGCUUUCUCUUGUACAUUGAGCAGUGUUUUUUGAUGGAGGACGCAGAGGUCAAAGAUGAAGCUCUGGCCAUCUUGGCAAAGCUCGUUCUGAACAAAGCAGCCCCUCCCGCGGCCGGCUCAAUGGCCAUUGAGAAGUACCCCCUGGUUUUCUCAGCUCAAACCGUGGGGUCCUAUUUAAGGCAGAAGAAGAGCAGAUCCAAAGGAGGAAAGGAACAGUUUCCAGUACUGAGCCAGCUGUUAUCCAUAGUUCAGUCACCCCCGGAUAAUGAGAGCACUUACCUUUCGCAGUGUUGGGCAGCCCUGGUUGUGCUGCCUCAUGUUAGACCUCUGGAGAAGGAGAAGGUGACAGCCGUGGUCACGAGCUGCAUAGAGUCACUCUUCAGGACUGUUGACCGAGGCUGCUAUGGAAAAGGUCACUUAUUUGUUCUUUGCCAAGCCGUAAGCACCCUGAUAAGUUUGGAAGAGUCUUCUGAGCUUCUUCGUUUGGUUCCUGUGGAACGUGUGAAAAAUUUAGUGCUACUGUUUCCUGCGGAGCCAUCUGUGUUGCUGCUGGCUGAUCUCUAUUAUCAGAGACUCUCCUUGUGCAGCUGCAAGGAGCCACUCUCCGAGGAAGCUUUAAUGGAAUUGUUUCCCAAGUUACAAGCGAACAUUUCGACAGGUGUAUCCAAGAUUCGGCUUUUGACGAUAAGGAUCCUAAACCAUUUUGAUGUUCGGCUUCCAGAAAUCAAAGAGGAGGACGGGCUCUCAGAGCAGCAGUCGGCCUUUGCUGUGCUGCGCCAGGCUGAGCUGGUGCCGGCAACUGUGGGUGAUUACCGGGAGAAGCUUCUGCAUCUGAGAAAACUGAGACAUGACGUGGUGCAAACAGCGGUCCCUCCCGGACCACUGCAGGAGGUGCCACUCCGUUACUUGUUAGGCAUGUUGUAUGUUAACUUCAGUGCUCUGUGGGAUCCUGUUAUCGAACUCAUAAGUUCUCAUGCACAUGAAAUGGAAAACAAGCAGUUUUGGAAAGUCUACUAUGAACAUCUGGAAAGAGCAGCUACACAAGCUGAGAAAGAGCUGCAGAAUGAUCUGAGGGCUGAAGAGAAGUCUACUGGAGAGGAAGGUUGGGAGCGGCCCCAGGACGGGGAUGUUGGAGCUCUUUAUCACAGCCAGUUAGCAUCGGCAACUGACUGUCGGGAAAGACUGGACCACACCAACUUCCGGUUUUUACUCUGGCGAGCACUAGCAAAAUUCCCAGAGAGAGUAGAGCCACGAUCCAGGGAACUCUCUCCGCUUUUCUUGAGAUUCAUCAACAACGAGUACUACCCCGCGGAUCUGCAGGUGGCUCCCACUCAGGAUUUGCGGAGAAAAGGCAAAGGGCUAGCUGCAGAAGAAGUGGAAGAGGAACCUGCCCCUGGAGAUGAGGAAGAGUUGGAGGAAGAGGUGUCGCCCCAAGAUGAACCCUCGCAGAAGAAGAAGACAAGAAGGGCGGCGGCCAAGCAAUUAAUUGCCCACUUGCAAGUUUUUUCCAAAUUUUCAAAUCCUCGAGCCUUGUAUCUAGAAUCCAAAUUAUACGAGUUAUAUCUUCAGUUAUUGCUACACCAAGAUCAAACGGUACAAAAAAUAACCCUGGAUUGCAUAAUGACAUAUAAACAUCCUCAUGUCCUCCCUUACAGGGAAAAUUUACAAAGGUUGCUUGAAGACAAAAGCUUUAAAGAAGAGAUCGUCCAUUUUAACCUUGCGGAAGAUAAUACUAUAGUGAAAACAACCCACCGAGCAGAUCUGUUUCCUAUUCUCAUGAGAAUUCUGUAUGGGCGCAUGAAGAACAAGACUGGGAGUAAAACACAGGGCAAGUCGGCUUCAGGCACGCGCAUGGCCAUCGUGCUGCGCUUCCUCGCCGGGACUCAGCCCGAGGAGAUCCAGAUAUUCCUGGACCUGCUGCUGGAGCCUGUGAAGCACUUCCUGAACGGAGAGUGCCAGCAUGCAGUUGUGCAAGCAGUAGAAGAUUUGGAUUUGUCCAGAGUUCUUCCUUUGGGCCGUCAGCAUGGUGUCUUAAACAGCCUUGAAAUCGUGUUGAAGAACAUCAGCCAUCUGAUCGGCACAUACUUACCGAAGAUUUUGCAGAUACUGCUCUGUAUGACAGCGACUGUCUCACACAUCCUUGACCAGCGGGAGAAGAUACAGCUGAGGUUUGUUAACCCGCUGAAGAACCUGCGACGUCUUGGAAUCAAGAUGGUGACUGACAUCUUUCUGGACUGGGAGUCCCAUCAGUUCCGAGCGGAAGAAAUCGAUGCUGUGUUUCACGGGGUCGUCUGGCCCCAGAUCUGCAGGCUUGGGUCAGAGAGUCCGUAUUCUCCUACGCCUCUGCUGAAACUAAUUAGUGUCUGGGGCAGAAAUGCAAGAUACUUUCCUUUUCUGGCUAAACAGAAGCCUGGGCAUCCAGAGUAUGAUAUCUUAACCAAUGUCUUUGCAAUUCUGUCAGCCAAGAAUCUCUCUGAUGCCACCGCUGGUGUUGUGAUGGAUAUUGUCAGUGACCUGCUUAACAUUCCGGACUUCGAGCCCACAGAAACAGUGUUGAGCUUGCCAGUAACUGGAUGCGUAUAUGCAGAUGUGUCCGAAGAUAUGGACGAGUCCAUCACUGUGGGAGGGAGGUUGAUCCUGCCCCACGUACCUGCAGUUCUGCAGUAUCUCAGCAGAACCACAAUAAGUGCAGAGAAAGUGAAAAAGAAGAAGAACCGCGCACAAGUCAGCAAAGAACUAGGCAUUCUUUCCAGGAUCAGCAAGUUUAUGAAAGACAAAGAACAAAGUUCGCUGCUUGUUACACUUCUGCUUCCUUUCCUCCAUCGUGGCAAUAUUGCUCAGGAUACGGAGAUGGAUAUUCUGGUGACAGUGCAGAACUUGUUAAACCACUGUGUGGAGCCCACAGACUUCCUCAAGCCACUGGCGGCGCUCUUCUCCAUUAUUAAGAAUAAACUAUCAAGACAAUUGCUUUGCACAGUUUUCCAGACUCUUUCUGAUUUUGACAGUGAUCUACAGUACAUCACUGAUGUUGUCAAGCUUAAUGCAUUCGAUCACAGACAUCUUGAUGAUAUCAACUUUGAUGUCCGCUUUGCGGCCUUCCAGACCAUCGCCUCCCACGUUAAAGACAUGCAGGCGGUGGAUGCUAACUACCUAAUUCCGGUCAUGCAUAAUUGUUUCUAUAAUAUGGAGGUAGGAGAUAUGUCUCUAAGUGAUAAUGCCAGCAUGUGCUUGAUGAGUAUCAUUAAAAAGCUGGCAGCCUUGAAUGUUGCUGAGAAAGAAUACAAAGAACUCAUUCAUCGGUCGCUACUGGAGAAGUUGAGGAAAGGGUUGAAGAGCCAGACAGAGAGUAUCCAACAGGAUUAUACUACCAUACUUUCUUGUUUAAUUCAAACCUUUCCGAAUCAACCAGAAUUUAAAGACUUGGUACAGCUCACUCAUCGCCAGGAUCCGGAAAUGGACUUCUUUGAGAACAUGAAGCACAUUCAGAUCCACCGGCGAGCCAGGGCCCUGAAGAAGCUGGCUAAGCAGCUGCUGGAAGGCAAGGUUGCGCUGUCCUCUAAAUCCCUUCAGAAUUACAUCAUGCCCUAUGCCAUGACGCCAGUCUUUGAUGAGAAGAUGCUCAAGCAUGAAAACAUAACCGCAGCGGCCACGGAGGCCAUUGGGGCCGUGUGCAAACAUCUCUCUUGGCCAGCAUACAUCUAUUACUUGAAGCAUUUCAUUCAUGUCUUACAGACAGGACAGAUCAACCAAAAGUUGGGGGUCAGUUUGCUAGUAAUCGUGUUAGACGCAUUCCACUUUGACCACAAAACACUUGAGGAGCAAAUGGCAAAAAUUCAGAAUGAAGAAAACACAACGGAAUUGACCGAGUUACCGGAGCAGGAGGCCAUGGAGCUGGGAAACCCAGAUGAGGAAGAGAAGGCAAUUCCACACACGAGUCUGGCAGGCCACGACGGAGAGCCAGGAAGUCACGAGCCUGGCGACCCAGAAGGGGCAGCACCUAAGGAACCCGAGUGCACCGCGGGGUCUGUCUCCUCCCUCCCGCGGAAUAAGGAAGAGUUGGAGAGAACAAUUCAAAAUAUCCAAACAGCCAUCACCGGGGAUAUCCUACCCAGGCUCCAUAAAUGCCUCGCAUCCACGACUAAAAGAGAAGAAGAGCAUAAGCUCAUCAAGUCAAAGAUUGUGAAUGAUGAGGAAGUGGUCAGAGUUCCUUUAGCGUUUGCCAUGGUGAAGCUAAUGCACUCCCUUCCAAAAGACGUCAUGGAGGCCAACCUGCCGAGCAUUUUGCUGAAAGUGUGUGCCCUCCUCAAGAACAGAGCACAGGAAAUCCGAGACAUUGCCCGCAGCACGCUGGCAAAAAUCAUAGAGGAUCUGGGGGUGCACUUCCUGCAGUACGUCCUGAAGGAGCUGCAGACCACCCUUGUCCGCGGCUAUCAGGUGCACGUGCUGACUUUCACCGUUUACAUGUUGCUGCAAAACCUCAGCAGCAAGCUCCAGGUCGGAGACUUGGACUCUUGUUUAGAUAUAAUGAUUGAGAUUUUUAACCGCGAGUUGUUUGGUGCCGUUGCCGAAGAGAAGGAAGUAAAACAGAUCCUCUCCAAAGUCAUGGAGGCACGGAGGAGCAAGAGUUAUGAUUCCUACGAAAUCCUGGGCAAGUUUAUAGGAAAAGAUCAAGUAACAAAACUUAUCCUUCCAUUAAAAGAGAUCUUACAAAAUACCACGAGUCUGAAAGUGGCCCGGAAGGUGCAUGAAGCCUUACGGCGAAUCAUAGCAGGCCUGAUCGUCAAUCAGGACAUGACGGCGGAGGCCAUCCUGUUGCUCAGUUACGGCUUGGUCAGCGAAAAUCUCCCCCUGUUAACAGAGAAAGAAAAAAACCCAGCACCCCCUGCACCAGAUCCACGCCUGCCACCCCCGAGCUGCCUUCUGCUUCCGCCGACUCCCACUCGGACCGGACCGAAAGCUGCUGUGAGCAGGAAGACCAACAUGCACAUAUUUAUUGAAUCUGGACUUCGGCUGUUACAUCUGAGCCUGAAGACUUCCAAGAUCAAGUCUUCGUGUGAACAUGCCCUGGAGAUGCUGGACCCUUUCGUGCCUCUGCUCAUAGACUGCCUGGCGUCCCGGGACGUGAAGGUGACCACAGGUGCUUUACAGUGCCUCAUCUGGGUGCUGAGGUUCCCUCUGCCUGCCAUCGACACCAAGGCAGAAAAGCUCACGAAACACCUCUUCCUUUUGCUCAAGAACUACGCAAAACUUGGGGCAGCAAGGGGUCAGAAUUUCCACCUGGUGGUCAACUGUUUCAAGUGUGUGACUAUCCUUGUCAAGAAAGUCAAGUCGUACCAAAUAACUGAAAAACAGCUUCAAGUCCUCCUGGCGUACGCUGAGGAAGACAUUUACGACACUUCGAGACAAGCUACUGCGUUUGGUCUUCUCAAGGCUAUUUUAUCAAGAAAGUUGUUGGUUCCAGAAAUUGAUGAUGUCAUGCGGAAAGUAUCCAAGUUGGCUAUUUCUGCACAAAACGAGCCUGCCAGAGUCCAGUGCAGACAGGUGUUUCUGAAAUACCUUCUUGACUAUCCCCUGGGCGACAAAUUGAGACCAAACUUGGACUUCUUGCUGGCUCAGCUGAAUUACGAACAUGAGACCGGAAGAGAGUCCACCUUGGAGAUGAUCGCCUAUCUCUUUGAGACAUUCCCUCAGGGACUUCUCCACGAGAACUGUGGCAUGUUCUUUGUUCCUCUUUGUCUCAUGGUGGUGAAUGAUGACUCUGCCAUGUGCAAAAAAAUGGCGUCCAUGACAAUCAAAUCCUUGCUCAGUAAAAUCAGUCUGGAGAAGAAGGACUGGCUGUUUGAAAUGGUCACCUCCUGGCUUGGAGCAAAGAAAAGCCUGAACAGACAGCUUGCUGCCCUCAUCUGUGGCUUGUUUGUGGAAAACGAAGGCCUCGAUUUUGAGAGAAGGCUUAGCACUGUUCUUCCUGUGCUGGAAAGGACGAUUGACCCUGACAACUUUCAAGAUGUCGUGGAAGAGGCGGAGGAGAAGGCUGCAGACCGCCUGCUCUUCAGCUUUCUCACGCUGAUGACUAAGCUCAUCAAGGAAUGCAACGUUAUCCAGCACACCAAGCCUGCAGAGACAUGGAGCAAAAUCUGGAGUCACGUGCAUGCCCACCUGAGACACCCACACAGCUGGGUGUGGCUCACAGCAGCCCAGAUCUUUGGAUUGCUGUUUUCCUCCUGUCAGCCAGAGGAGCUCGUUCAAAAAUGGCAUGCCAAAAAAGCUAAAAAGAAGCUCUCGGAACCGGUAGCGGUCCAGUUCCUAACAAGCGACCUUGACCAGAAGAUGAAAAGCAUCGCUCUAGCCUCUUGCCAUCAGUUGCAUUCCAAGUUCUUAGAUCAGUCUCUGGGGGAGCAGGUUGUUAAGAAUUUGUUAUUUGUAGCUAAAGUCUUGUAUUUGCUGGAACCUGAUUGUGGAGACAGAGAAGGUAAAGUCGGAGAAGAUGCGGUGGAGCAGGCAGAGGGGGACCCCGAAGAGGUGAAGGACGGGUCUCCCAAGCCAGCCACACUGCUGUGGCUCAUCCAGAAAUUAUCCCGCAUGGCGAAGCUGGAGGCCGCAUAUUCGCCCCGAAACCCCUUAAAGAGAACGUGCAUCUUCAAGUUCCUCGGCGCCGUGGCCAUGGACCUUGGUGUAGACAAGGUGCAGCCCUAUCUCCCCGUGAUCAUCGCGCCUCUGUUUCGAGAACUGAACAGCACCUAUUCCGAGCAAGAUCCUCUGCUGAAGAAUCUGUCCCAGGAAAUCAUAGACUUACUCAAAAAACUCGUUGGCCUUGAGAACUUCUCAUUAGCCUUUGCCUCUGUGCAAAAGCAGGCGAAUGAGAAAAGAGCGCUGCGGAAAAAGAGGAAGGCUCUGGAGUUCGUAACCAAUCCUGAUAUUGCUGCCAAGAAAAAGCUGAAGAAACACAAGAAUAAAAGUGAAGCCAAGAAGAGAAAGAUAGAGUUUCUACGUCCAGGCUAUAAGGCCAAGAGACAGAAAACUCAGAGCCUGAAGCAGUUAGCAAUGGUGGAAUAGCUGACUUACUCUAACUCCGGAGUGUGAACUUUCUGGUCUGCUGGUUUAAGUGUGUACCAGGUUUGAUUAUUUAAAUUAUAUUUUUGGCAUAGAUUGUAUAUAUCUAUGUGUAAUAUAACAUGAGCAUAUAUUUUUUAAUUAAAAUGCUGCAUACUGUACCAUAUCUUCAUUAUCUAAAAUAUCUGACACUGGUGAAAGAAUUUGACAUAAAUUUUUAUCAAAAAAUACACAUAAAAAUUGCAAGAAAAAAAAAUACAGCUGUUAGGGAUAGACCAGGUAAGCGAUUUGCCAGUUUUAUGGAGACUGCCAGAGCAUUAGGAAAAAUCUGCACAAAUAUGACCUGGUUCAUGAAUAAGAACAUGUGGUCAUAAGAUGCUGGAUCUUCCCAAGUUCAUCCCCCUGGGUAAAUGCAUUUCUGAGCAGCAAAAGCACUGGUAGGCUACCAGAAUGAUCCUAAACUCUAUAUAGAAGAUAAUAAG